AUGGUGGUUGCUCCCUCUGUGUUGCAACUCCCUUGCCAAGUGUAUUGCGCAAAGUUCAGUCCUAAUCGUGCACAACAGUUAGUAGGCCUUGGCGGGAAGGACGGUGCGGUCUAUGUAUAUCCUUUCGAGGGUUAUACCAGUGUCGCUCGCUUAGACGGUGAUAUCUCGCCCCUUACAGCCCUCGCCUUUGAUCCGCAGCAGCACCAUGUGGUGGGUGGAAGUGAUAGUGGUGGUGUUCGUCUGUGGGAUGUCACCACAGAACAGUUUGUUCGUGCGUUUGGUGCUGGUCAUAAGUCAACUGUGACGUGCGUAGAUUACCACCGCUACACGGACUUUAUCGCCACCUGUUCACGAGACAAGAGUCUUCGUAUUUGGGAUACAAGGAAAAAAACGUGUCUGCAGUCUUAUAAGGGAGCAUCCGUACCUCUGUGUGCCACACAAUUCUCCCCAAACGGUCGCUGGGCCGUAAGCGGCUGUGCUGAAGGUGUUAUACGAGUGUAUGAUUUGGUCUCCGGAAAGCAGUUGAAUGAGUUUAAGGCCCAUAAAGGGGCCAUUACAUCUAUUCAUUUUCAUCCUGAGCAGUAUUAUAUGGCGGUAGGCAGUAGUGACGGUUCUGUCUCGUUAUGGGAGGUAGAGAACUUCACAAAAGUUUUUCAGAGUAAUCCGCUCGAGACGCCCGUUGACGCCGUAAAUUUAUUUGGAAAGAAACUGCUUUCUGCGGCCUAUCACGUUUUACGCGUUUAUGAUUUUUCAAUGAUGAGUGACAGUACAGCAACUGUCACUGAGUCACCAUGGAGUAUUAUUGGUGACUUAAGCUACUCCUCUCUCUCAGAUGAAGCUUGGUUUGUUGAAUUCAGCAGUGCGACGGCGACAAUGGGCCGACUUUCUCUUUGUUGUGGCAACGAGGUCAAUUGCCCACCUGCUGCGUCUAUGGCUGCUGCGUCUACAGCGUUACCCUUUGUAAAGUCCUCGCUUGGAGGAAAGACGGAGAACCCAUCAAGUGUUGUGGUGAGUUCAAUGUUGGGACCUCCGUGGUCGCAGCAGCAAUGGUCACAGCAACAACCCCCAAUAGUGCGCUUUGAGACUGCAACUACCGAGUCUGCUGACGUGUCGCUUAACUCGCCGCUGGAGGAGUUACUUGGGUCAAGUGCGUCUAUGCUCUCUGUGCUUCGACGACGGUUAACGCACCUUCGAGUAAUUCGCUCUCUCUGGGUGCGUGACCUUCCACAGGCCUUAGAUUACCUCAAGCGACUGUGCGUGGAUAAGUCUGAUUGUGGGGCGGUGAGCGACUUUCUGAUGGCGAUGCAAAAUAUGCGUAUGAAGGAACGCGUUAGCAUUACUAGUUUCCCCGACCUACUUGACGUGCUUGCGUACGCGCUAAAUGAUAGUCAAGAGUCGUUGUUGGUGGCAGCGGUCAAGGUGUUUAGAAGUAUGAACAAUAAGUUUCGUGCCAAGAUGGACGAGGCUCGUCGAUUUACGGCAUCCUUCCGUAAUGUAGAUGCUGGGGGAUUGGAAUCAGUGAUGCGGCAAUACGACGAGUUAAACACCAAGUUUGAGGAGGUUGCCACUCUUGUAUACAAUCUUCACGAUAGAAAAGGUCCUGUUGGGGAGGAGGUUCGUGGGGCCUUACAUGAACUCCCAAAUUUUGCAUGA